CGUAAGAGCUAAGUAUUUACAACUAUUGAAGAAGCUGUGUUGGGAUUCUGCAGAAGAUAUGUUACAUCUGACAAACUUAAUAAAGUUGAAGAGUCAAGGUCAUCAUGAGGUCAUGGUUGGAGAAAGUUUUGCAUGUGAAGAAGUUAUACAGAUUAAGCAGAGAUGCUGUAUAUUGAAUGGUUUUAAAAUCCACACAGUCGUUGAAGAACAUUUGAAUGUAUCAGAUAUACAGAGUUCUGUAGCGUGUGUGAAUUGUCUACAAAAUAAUCUACAGAAUCUUUCUAAUGAAGACAUUGUACCUAUACAGAUUUGCUUAUCAAAACUGUUAGCAUCUGGUAGUGUCCAGUACCCUCCAUUGCUUCUUGGAAUAUUACAAGUUAUAAUAGAUCUACAUUACAAACAUACCAGUAAUGAUGAUGCGGUGAAUCACUUGUACGACUACUGGACAAGGGAAAUAACUCAUGUAGACAACAAUAUAAAAUCAUUGAAGAUGGUGAUAGGAGCUAUCUGUAUGGAGAACCAUAUUAGACUGAAAAGAAAUUUCAUGGAAAAUUUGAACAAAUGGAGUGAAGAAAUAUACAUUGCUAGUCAGGUGAUAGGUGCUGAACAUUUUAAGGUUGCUGUGGGCAACUGUUUGAAGAUUGCAGGUCAUAAGGUGAUUUCCAUGGCAACAGAUAAUCAGAAAUUCCACCCAUCUUCAUUUUUAUUAAUUAGAUCAGCUUUGAACCUGAUUGAAGAUGAAGACUGUGAUAUCAGAAAUAUGAUUGUCAGUUUUAUUGUAUCAAUGCAGUGGAAAACUAAAGCUGUUCAGUACCAGAGUAUACAGUUUAACACAGGAUGUAAGAUGCUGUAUGACUUAAUUAAAUGUAAUUUUUGGACAUCACAACAUAUGAUCCAAAGUCUGUUUACAAUGCUGUAUAAAUCUGGUGAAAUACAAUUGUGCAUAGAAAGAUUACAUCAGAGGAGACAACAGUUGUUUGAAAAAGAUGAAAACAAUUUCUUCUCAGAGAGAACCAUAUCCCAUUCUAAUGUAUAUAGUACACUAAAGCUCAUAUUACAGAAACAUAUUGAAAAUAAAACAUCAUUUCCAGAGAUAGAUGGAGGCACUGUUGUUUCUGAUUUACAUAUUCUUAUAUCAGCUAUGAAUGACAUUAAAACAGGUAAAAGGGUAAUAAAUCGAUUUAACGACAGUAUCAUAUUGGAGAAGGUGACAGGACUUGUAUUAGCAGCUCAUUUCAUUUGUCUUAUAUCAACGGAAAAAGAUUGGGAAAACCUCAGAAAUAGUAUACACAAUACUUUAAAGAAUGAAGUCUUCCCAUUAUCGUUCAGGAAUAUGAUGUCCAACUUGAUAUCUGGUACAUCCUAGUCAAUAUUUUAUUUUAAAAUAAAUAUUAUAAACAA